GGGGCAGGGAUGAGGGGGUUCCCGUUCCCCAUUAACGCGGCUGUGCCCGGGGCAGGGAUGAGGGGGUUCCCUUCCCCAUUAACGCGGCUGUGCCCGGGGCAGGGAUGAGGGGGUUCCCGUUCCCCAUUAACGCGGCUGCGCCCGGCAGGACGGGGCCGGGCCUGGCUGAAGGCGGCGGCUCCAACCCGUCCAAGCGGCACCGGGAGCGGCUGAACCGGGAGCUGGAGCGGCUGGCGGGCCUGCUGCCCUUCCCGCCCGACGUGGUGGCCGGCCUGGACAAGCUCUCGGUGCUCCGCCUCAGCGCUGCCUUCCUGCGCGCCAGGAGCUUCUUGGGCGUUGCUCUGAAGAAUCCUGGUGCUAAAGAAGCCCAGAGGGAUGGAACCUGUGGCACCGGACCAGCUCUGGGCUUGGCAGCUGUUCCAGAGGGUGAGCUGCUCCUACAGGCUCUCAAUGGCUUUGUGCUGGUGGUGACAUCAGAAGGGCUGAUAUUUUACUCCUCACAUACAAUCCAGGACUAUCUGGGAUUUCAUCAGACAGAUGUCAUGCACCAGAGCAUCUUUGAGCUGAUCCACACCGAGGACCAGCCGGAGUUCAGGCGCAACCUCCACUGGGCCCUGGACCCACCACGCACUCCCAAGGUGGGGAAGAGUGUUGACUCCUGUGCUGCCAUCUACAAGCCGGAGCAGCUGCCCCCAGAAAACUCCUCCUUCCUGGAGAGGAGCUUUGUGUGCCGCUUUCGCUGCCUCCUGGAUAAUUCCUCCGGCUUCCUGGCUUUAAACCUUCAAGGCAGGCUAAAAUUCCUUCAUGGGCAGAACAGAAGGUCUGAAGAUGGCUCUGCCAUGCCCCCCCAGCUCGCUUUGUUCGCCAUCUCCACACCCCUGCAACCCCCAUCCCUCCUGCAGAUCCAAACCAAGAACAUGAUCUUCAGGACCAAGCAUAAGCUAGACUUCACCCCCUUGGCAUGUGAUGCCAAGGGGAAGAUUGUCCUGGGCUACACUGAGGCGGAGCUGCGGAUGUGUGGCACUGGGUACCAGUUUGUCCAUGCUGCUGACACGCUGUACUGUGCUGAGAACCACGUCAGGAUGAUGAGGACGGGGGAGAGUGGCCUGACAGUGUUCCGGCUGCUGACCAAGGACAACCGCUGGAAGUGGGUGCAGGCCAACGCACGCCUCGUCUACAAGAACGGCAAACCCGACUACAUCGUGGUCACACAGAGACCCCUCGUAGAUGAAGAAGGAGGAGAGCACCUUCGGAAGCGGUCCACGCAUCUUCCCUUUACCUUUACUACAGGAGAGGCGCUUCUGUACCAAAGCACUUGUCCUCUCCCGGGCUUCCCUGGCCUUUACCAGAGCAAAGGGAAGCCCUGCAAGUCCAAGAAGCCCUCCUGCAGCCAUGUAGGAUCCUCCCAGAAGAAUGGCAUCGACCCCAGGUCCCUGCUGGGCACUGUGAUGCGACAGGAUGAGGCAGUGUAUGCCUCCCACCCGCCUCCCACUGCAAACCCUUCCUUCAGCAGUGCUUUCCAGCUCGGGGGUGUGUCCUUGCCAGGUGCAGGAGGGGGUGCCGGGAGUAUAGGCACAGCUCCAGCUUCUUCAAGUGGCAACAGCCUCCAAGAGAAGCUGCUGGAUUUGCAGCAGGAGGACCCUCUCUUGGCCACCAUGAACUCGCUCUCAAUUAAGAGUGAUGAGAGCUGUUCCAACGAGCUCUUCAGUGCUUUGGAGGGCCUGGGCUUGAAUGCUGAGGACCUGGAGCUCCUGCUGCUGGAUGAGAAAAUGGUGAUGGUCGAUAUGGACCCAGGGCAGUCCCCAUCCCUGAAUGACAGCCUGGCCAGUGAGCAGAUUCUCUCCUCUGUCCCCAGCCGUCCAGUGGAUGAGCAUGAGGGAGGGCAGCAAGUCUCUCACCUGCCAGGCACUGCUUCAUGCCAUAUGGAGAGCAAGGACUCAAGGUGCCACCUGGCACAGCAUGCAGGGCAGCCCAGCACUGCCCUGGGCCAGCCCCCUGCCCUGCUGUGGGAGCAGGCCCUUGGUGCUGUGCCAGGGCUGCUCGUGGAGCUUGCUAAGCAGGAAGAGCCAUCCAGUGGCUCCCAGUGGAGACCAGCUGGGGAGCAGACUGUGCUCCACUUCCUCCAGCCAGGGCAGGGCACUCCAUGGGACAGGGCCCCCAGCUCAGCCCCAAGAGCCCUCUGCCUGCAGGAGCCACCCCAGGCUGGGCAGCUGCAGGGAGACGUGCCAGCCGUGCAGCCUGUCCUGGGUGAUGCCCACCAGUCCUUCUCCCUGCCCAGCCAGUGCCAGGACCAGCUGAAGCACUGUCACUUGCUGAUGAACGGAGUGUGUGGCCACAGCCCCAGCUCCUCUCCACACCCCAGCCGAUGGCAGGACUAUGCUUACCCACUCCUGGAGUCUCUG